AUGUCACGUAUACAUAAACUGGAUGAACGACUACUGCCGACUAUGUGUGACGACACCCCACUAGAGAGAAUCUCUUGUACCAAGUUGCUUGGUGUGUAUAUUGACCAACAUCUUGCCUGGGGUGAUCAAGUUGACAACUUGUUGCCCAGUUGCUAUGGAAUACUGAAAUUGCUACGACAACUUAAGAACUUGGCUCCUUUUCAUGUAAGGAAAACACUUGCAGUAAAUCUACUGCUUGCAAAAAUCGAUUACGCCUGCACUGUGUUUCAUCCAUUACCACAGUACCAGCUGAAACAGUUGCAGCUCCUGCAAAAUGCUUGUGCAGGCUUCGUACUACGGAAAUUAGCCAAGAUGGAGGAUUUAGAGUGCUUAAAUUGGCUUCCGAUCACCGGUAGAAUAGAAUUCAACCUAUUGAAGCUCACCCAUAAGGCAUUAUAUAAUGAAUAUUUAUCUCUCCUUUCGUAUCUCUCCUUUGUGUUUUACAAGAUGGCGACUGUUGUGUAA